AUGAGCGUCAUUCAAAUAGAAGUCAUCUUCGACUUCGUAUGCGCAUGGUGCUACAUUGGCAAGCGCAAGCUAGAUCAAGCCAUCGCUUUGUACCAGAAAACGUAUCCUGGUGGCAAGAACGAUGUCUUCUCUGUCACAUGGAGACCGUAUUAUCUCAACUACAACCCAUCUUCUCACAGUGUCGACAAGAGCGAGCUGGCGAAAACUAGACUGACAGACAUGUCACCGGAACGGCAAGCAGCGUUGACGAAGCGCAUGGAACAGAUCGGCCGCUCUGUGGGUAUUGCGUUUAGGUGGGGAGGCCAGAUCGGUCCUGAUACCCGAGACGCGCAUCGUCUUGUGCGGCUUACGCGCUCGAAAGCCCCCGAAAUUCAGGAUGCUCUGAUCGAGAAGCUAUUUGGGGCCUACCAGGAGCUUGAGAAAGACAUCUCCAACAAGGAUAUCCUCCGACAAAUCGCCAUUGAUGUUGGACUUGACGAUGCAGAUGUCGAGCAGCUGUUAGCUUCAAGCUCAGGCCUGGAUGAGGUUGAUGAGGAGGAGAAAAAGACCAGAGACUUGGCGGCAGGAUCAGGGGUCCCGACCUUCAUAAUCCAAGGCAUUCAUAAACUUGACGAGGCCCAAGAUUCAUCAGACUUCUAUGAGGUAUUCAUGAAGGUGAAGGAAGUAGAAAACGAAACCCUUUGA